AUGUAUUUCUCCCUUCCUUAUUAUCGGGAUGCCGGUCAAUUACCAGGGCCUCUUCCUGAUCAGAAUGAGAUUGAACGGGCAACAAGAACCCUCCCCAAGAGAUCAGAUUACGGUGGGCGCCUGGUCGUAAUCAGAGACAAAUAUGUUGUGAAAUAUGGCCCGCUUGUGACCGAAAAUGAGGGAUAUACUCUAUGUUUUCUUGAAAAACGGCUCAACAUCCCAGCGCCACGACUCUACGCCAUGUACCGCGAUCAUGAUAUCGUGUAUAUCGUCAUGGAGUAUAUCCCUAGCAUUUCUCUAGGAAUAGCGUGGCCUUCGCUCACCGAGGCAAAUAAACAUUCGAUUGCUAGGCAAUUGCGAUACAUCUUUGAUCAGAUGAGAGCGCUGUCAUCGCCCGGAUUUUAUGGCAGCGUCAACCGAGGACCCGUUCCCCAUAGGUAUUUCUUUUCUCGUGAAAAAGACCCUGCUAUUACCGGCCCUUUUCAGACGGAAGAAGAAUUCGGAAAAGCUAUCGCACUUCGCUCAAAAACUAUGUGGAGCGAAUCAAAUGGUCAUAGCUUUCUCUCCGACUAUCUUGGUCGCCACCUCCCAUUGGCACUUCGCAAUCAUCCACCUGUACUCACCCACGGAGAUCUCUCUAGAGAGAAUGUUCUUGUCCGGAAGGUCAUUAAUUCUGUCACGAAUGAAGAAGAGUAUAAAGUAGCUGCUCUUGUAGACUGGGAAGCGGCCGGAUGGUAUCCUUCGCACUGGGAAUACUCUCAUAUUUUCCCCCUCUUGCAGUGGAUUGAUGACUGGCCAGCAUAUGUUGAGAAGAUUCUCGAUCCAUUGCCGCUGGAGGGUGCCAUGAUGCGGGUUGUCUUUAGUGAUCUGGAGUUUUAG